CUUAGAGAUUGAAUCUUGGAGCUCCAAUCCGGUUUGACUUGUUACACUUAUAAAAAGCUUUGAUAUUGAAUUUCAAUUGAUAUUAAUUGCUUCACAAUUACAAUGUAUAAUCCGGAGUGCGAAGACCUUAACAAGGAAUAUUUUCCAAGUCAUAAUACCGUCCGAUUCCAGGACCACCAGGAGCCGAAUGUGGCCGUGCUGGAUAAUUUUAUGAAGAUAACUCGUCAGCAUAGAGAGGCUCUGUUCAACCAGGGGAUUCAAGUGGACCAACGUCGCUAUGGCCCGGACAGACAGGUGGUGGAUAUAUUCUAUUCCCUGAAGAACAGCACCCAGGCAGCUCCACUCAUGGUCUUCGUUCACGGUGGCUACUGGCAAAUGCUGGACAAGAACAACUCGUGCUCUAUUGUCGGUCCUUAUGUUCGUCGUGGAUAUCGCGUGGCCGUGAUGGACUACAACUUGUGUCCAAACGUUACCCUUGGACAUUUAAUGGAGCAGUUUAGAGACUUUAUCGCUUGGAUCUUUGACUACGCAGAACAUUGUCAGUCGCAGGGAAUUAGUUUUGCCGGGCACUCGGCUGGAGCACAUUUAUUAGCCGAGGUCCUUAAAUCCCCGGGAAUCAUUACUCUCGCUAGAGCCAGGAUGGUUUCGUCUAUUAUCUUCAUAAGUGGUAUUUACGAUCUGCGGGAGAUUUGGAAUUUGGAGUCGGUGAAUCCAAAAAACAUUUUAGGCAUCACCCAUGCCCAAGCGGAGGCCCUUUCGCCGAUCCUAUGGGAGUACAACGAUGUAGACUUUUGGACGUUCACCGGAAUGCAUGUCAUCGUGGCGGAGCACGAGAGUGUCACCUUUAUUGAGCAAAGUCGCCGGUUCGCCGAGUCCCUGAGACAUCAGGGAUUCAAGACCAAUUUUAAGAUAUUCAAAAAAUACGAUCACUUUGAUAUUAUCGAGGAAACAUCCGACGAUAAAUCCGAAAUCUCACAAUUCUUACGCAGCAUCGAUGAAUAAUAAAAUUGUAAAUAUUUUCAGUUA